AUGGGGGUCAGCACGCUGCUACUGGGGCCCAUUAUUGGAGACUGGGUGGAUAAUAUGCCUAGGCUGAGGGCUGCCCAGGAGGCCUUGGUCCUGCAGAAUGUCAUGAUUGCCCUCUGUGCUGGGUUCGUGUUCAAUCUUCUAGAAUUCGGCCCCGAGAUCGAAGAAUGGGGUCAGUGGGCUUCCAUUGCUCACUACGUGUUGAUUAUAGUGCUGGGUACAGCGGCCUUCCUGGCCCACAUCGCCAACACCAUCACUGUGGAGAGAGACUGGGUCGUGGAGAUAUGCGACCGGGAUGAGGAUCGUCUGGCCUCCAUGACAGCUACAAUGAGAGCCAUUGACUUGACAGCUAUGAUAGUGGCUCCAAUCGCCACGGGACAGAUCAUGACGGCAGCCUCCAGCAAGAUUGGGGCCUUGUUUAUUGCCGGGUGGAACGUGCUGUCCUUCUUCGUCGAAUACGUUUUGUUGCUCAAAGUCUACUACAGUGUCCCUGCUCUACAGAAAGACAAGGAUGCAUCUACAGAGAGCUCUGCUGAAAACUCUUUCAGUCCUAAACAAAACUCGGAACUGGUGGAGUCUAUGGGGCAGUCACGAACUUUGAUGACAGCAUCUGCAAGAACCAAAUCGGUGAAGUCGCACUCAAAAGCAGCCACUGAGAACUUGGAGUUUGGCGAUAAGCAGACUUCGUCCAAACUUCAGCAAGGUCAAGAAAAUAAUUCCUGCUGGAAUAGCUUACAGCGAAUGUUCUCUGGUGUGACAAUCAUCGUGGAAGGCUGGAAGACCUACGCCAGGUAUCCCGUCAUGCUGAGCGGCCUGUCGUUGGCUCUGCUCUACAUGACAGUGUUGGGAUUCGACAACGUCACCAUAGGUUACGCUAAGAUGCAGUGUUUGACAGAGUUCCAUGUGGGCCUUAUGAUGGGCGGGGCGGGGUUGGUGGGCACCUUGGGCACUUUUGCGUACCCCGUGAUGAGGCGCUGUCUGGGGCUGCCUUGGACUGGCAUGGUGGCCCUGACCCUGCAGAGUGUGACAUUGUCUAUCUGUGUGGUGUCUGUGUGGCUGCCAGGGAGUCCCUUUGACCUGGAACACCCGGACAGUACGGGCAUGAGCUGUGAAGGCAACUCCUCCAGCAGCUCCCGUAAUGUGACCCGAGCAAUCUCGGCAUUAGGAGACGAGGGAAACUCUGCCGGUAUGGAGACAAACAUGACAUCGAUAUCGGUGUUGAUGGCUGGAAUUAUCGCUGCUAGAUUUGGGCUAUGGAUAGCGGACCUGGCAAUCACCCAGAUGUUUCUGGAGACAGUCAUUGAGAGCGAGAGAGGAGUGGUCAACGGCGUACAGCAAUCCUUGAACCAGUUCCUAGACUUGAUCAAGUUUGUGCUGGUCAUUAUUCUGCCCAAGAUAACCCAGUUCGGGCUGCUGGUGAUCCUGUCGUAUGGUUUCGUGUUCAGUGGCUGGGUACUGUACUUAGUCUACCUGGUUAGGGUUCCUAGAAGUAUCUUUGUGAAGAAAACGGAGAUAGACGUCUAG